AUGAACCCGCUUCCAGUCCCUGAAAAGCUCCACAAUCUGACAAUAAUUGAGCAACAACUGAUAUGUCGUAUUGUCCCUUAUAUUCAAAUCCAUAUGCUAAAACAUGGAGGUAUUGCUGCUUAUGGGCACUGCAUAGCAUUUCCACAAAAUGUUAAUGAGCCUGCAAAAAUUUUACCUAACUUACCUAAAGACAUCAACAUUAUACGUGUAAGAAGAUCAGGUUCAAAUGACACCACAAAAGAAUUCAAUGUUCGUCGAUCAGUUGUAGAAAAUUCUUUGAGAUGGCUUAAAGCAAAUAAUCCGGCAUACAAAGACAUAAUAAUUAGCACAUCAAGAUUAAACAUGCUCCCUAAUGAUGCUGAAAUAAAUGUUGAUACUAUUGAAACAAUGAAUGUUUUCAACAAUCCAGACAAAGGUCCUGCACAACAACAAGCUGACCCUGGAGAAAUUGAUGGUCAUACUAUAUCAAGUAUUACACUACCUGAUAACAAUUUAAACAUUCAAGCGGAAAUAGAAAUGGCUGUAAGGGAAGCUGUAGAUGAUGAUAACGUAAAGGUAAAAAGAGGCAAAAAGUAUGUCUCAAUUCCAUGGCCUACCCAAUCUGACACACCUCUUUCAGAAUUCACAACAAAAUACUUUUUUACAUUAGCUUUUCCUUGCCUAUUUCCAUUUGGUGUAGGAGAUUUUCAUAUCAAUAGACCGCGAACAUGUAAAUCUAUGACAGAUUGGGCUGAACACUUAAUGUGGUUCGAAGACGGACGAUUUGCAAAACACCAAUACUUCAAAUUCAUAGUUCAUAACAUUAUAAUGCGCAAACGUACCCUCGAACAAAGUACAUUCAUUGUAAAACAACAGCUUGGAGAAAACCCUAUAUCUAUAAAUGAUAUAAAAGAAAAAUUAAACAGUGGUGACACUUCUAUUGUCAGUAAAAUGCUUUACUUUGGAGCAAGUUUACGAGGUACUUCUCAAUAUUGGGCUCAAAGAAACAAAGAACUGAAAUCACUCAUUAAAUUUCAAAUCAAUGAAAAAAAUGGUUUACCAUCAUUUUUCACAACUGCAAGCUGUGCUGAAUAUCAUUUCAAAACAUUGAGACGUAUUCUUCAUGAUUAUACUUUAGAAACUUCAGGAACAGACCUGGACCUCACAAAUAGAAAUAACCUUUUCCAGGUGCUGCAACAAAAUACACAUAUUGUUUCACUCUAUUUUGAUCUAAGAACUAAAGCUUAUUUUGAUCUUGUAAUGUGUCCUGCUUUUGGAGUAGAUGCUUACUGGUAUCGCUAUGAGUUUGCCAAAUCUAGAGGCAUGAUUCAUUGGCAUGGUCUCUGCUGGCGAUCUGAUCGUGAGCCACAUAAUCUUCUUCAUUCUGCAUAUAGUAAAGGUCUAAGUGAAGAUCUUUGCGCAGAACAACUAUCAAAUUGGGCAAAAGAUUGUUUGGCUAUGACUGCUUCACAUCCUGCAGGACAAGAUGAUAAAGGUUGUCCCAGAAAAGAUCUAUGGGCACCUCCUGAAGGAACUGCUGAACCACCUGCAGAAGAACAUAAUCCUUCAUUAAAGCUACUUAUGGAUACCAGUGAAUCACAAGAAUCAUUACUAGAAGACUAUUUACAUCUGUGUAAUAGAAUAAAUAUUCACAGUUGUUCUGACUAUUGUCUUAGAAAAAAAGGUCAGGAUCGUGUAUGUAGGAUGGAAUUUGGAAGUGAAAGAAUGCCAGGCAAAGCACUGAGGGAUAAAACCAGCUAUUGUUAA